UUUUAAUCUUCCCAGUCUGAAGGCUUCUUUCCCGCGAACUUACAUAUCUGAUCUACCAUGGACCUCAAUGAAGCACAGAGUACUAUAGUGCGCCUCUUUAGCGACGCCAAUGUGCAAUUUCACAAGAUGCCUGGGUCUGCCAUCAUCCUGAGAUAUAUCAAGUCGAGUUACCAAAAUGACCCUGUUCGUUCUGCAAUCGAACUCUUCCUUUUCCUUUUCGCAGUGCGGUAUUUGUUGGCUCCGACGUACUCAACGCAGAAGAAGAAGCAUGUUGCUUUGACCGAGGAGGAGAUCGAUGAGUUAGUUGAAGACUGGACGCCUGAGCCUCUAGUAGCUGCACCUACACCAUCAGAGCAGUUGGAGAACGAGAAGCGCCCGGUCAUUGUUGGGCCUUCGGGACCAAAGUCGAAGCUGUCGACUGGCCGAACCGUAACGAACCUGGCAUCCUAUAACUUUUACAAUUUCGUGGCAAAUGAGAGCUUGAAAGAAAAGGCUAUACAGACGCUUCGGACAUAUGGCGUGGGACCAUGCGGACCGCCUGGUUUCUACGGAACGCAGGACGUGCACAUGAAGACAGAAGCAGACGUUGCGGCACACCUUGGGACACCGGCCUGUAUUGUCUACGCGCAGUCAUUUUCGACUAUCUCCAGUGUUAUCCCCUCCUUCUCCAAACGUGGCGACAUUAUCGUGGCCGAUAAGUCAGUGAAUUACGCGGUGCGGAAAGGCAUUCAGAUUUCACGAAGCACGGUCCGAUGGUACGAACACAAUGACAUGGAAGAUUUGGAGAAGGUUCUUCAGCGAGUCACCAAAGAGCAGGCGAAGAAACCCCUAACCAGGCGCUUCAUCAUCACAGAAGGUCUGUUUGAGAAUGUGGGUGACGUGGUCAACCUGCCUAAGCUUAUUGAGCUUAAGCUUCGUUUCAAAUUCCGACUCAUCCUCGACGAAACAUGGUCAUACGGUGUGCUUGGCAGAACUGGACGCGGUGUAACCGAAGCACAAAACGUGGAUGCCACGGAAGUCGAUAUGAUCAUUGGCUCCCUAUCUGGACCUCUCUGUGCUGCUGGUGGAUUCUGCGCCGGAACUGAGGAAGUUGUUGAGCACCAACGUAUCUCCUCCGCGUCUUAUACCUAUUCCGCUGCGUUGCCUGCGAUGUUAGCAACCACGGCUAGCGAGACAAUAUCAAUGCUGCAGGAGCAGCCCGAGAUACUAACCGGCCUACGAGAUAACAUCAAGGCGAUGCGAGCACAGCUGGAUCCUCGAAGCGAUUGGGUUAAAUGUUCUAGCUCCGUGGACAAUCCGAUGAUGUUACUUGUUUUGAAGCCUGAAGUCAUAGCGUCUAAGAACUUUACCCUUCAGGAUCAAAGUCAGUUGUUUCAGGAUAUUGUGGAUGAGUGUGUUGCUAAUGGCGUUUUAAUCACCCGACUGAAGAAUAUGCCUCUAGCUCUUGGAACAAACCCUCGAGAUCAAGGCUGGCAGCCUCAACCAGCUCUCAAAGUCUGCGUCACAUCCGGUCUGACGAAGAAAGAGACUGAGAAAGCUGGCAUUAUUAUAAGGCAUGCCAUCACCAAGAUUAUUACAAGGCGAAAAUAGUUUGUUUUUGGAGCAUGCUUCAUAUCAUUACACUAUUAGCGCAUGGAAGGCGUUCACGGCGCCGUCAGAGGCAACCGGAGGGGUUUUAGAUUUGGGGUGGCAUUUUCCCUUUGUAGACAACACCUCCUAAUGCUUAAUACUAAUAUCCUCC